GCUAAUAAAGCAUCCAAUUAGGAUAACUACUUCUAUAAUUAAGAAAUACUUAGUCCUCUGUUCUUCGUUAGAAUAUAAAAUUAUACGACCAUCAAUUUAAUCUCUAAAUCUCAACUUUCUAGAUCAUAGAGAAGUGGAAGAAUGGCCAGUACUAGUAUGGAAGUGAACUCCAACAUCAUGGCUCUGCCUAGUGAAGUCUUGAUGGAUAUACUCUCUAGGCUUUCUCUCAAACAUGUCCACCAACUUCAAACAGUUUCAAAGCUGUGGCUCACAACCAUCUCUAGUCCACAUUUCAGAAGACUCUACAACAUGAAAUCCAUGACUCGACCCCGGGCACUUGUAGUUAAAGAAUCUGACCACACUUAUUCAAGGCCGAGCGGGAUUGGACCUCUUAGUCGAAUUAUCAAUAUUUCGACCAUGGAUCUUGCUGGUGAUAACAAGAUUCAGAAAGUAUUCAGUUUCAAGAUUAUUGGCCGUGAAUACUCCUUCUGCCUCUCGUCCAACCUCAUCUUUUUCAAUCGCAAGGUAUGCAACCCCACAACUAGAGAAGUCAUAGACUUACCAAAUUCAAGUAAUCCAUCAUUUAGCUUCGAUGUGGGGUAUAUCCCUUCCACCAAUUCAUACACGAUUGUCCAUCUAUAUGGUGCCAAAUAUGGUCCUAAUUACACAUACAACUAUGGUCGUGUAGUUUUGGAGAUCGGAUUUGAGACUCUCACACUGACACAUGGUGGACCAAUUCCUAGUUCUUGACGAUCCUUGACACACCAAGAACGGUUUUCUUACAAGGUUGGUGCGACAUGUGUAGAUGGUGUACUAUAUUGGUUAGUUGGAAACGGAAAGGAAUGUCAUAUUAUUUCAAUGGAAAUUGAAAAUGAAGAAUUCUUAACCAUUACUUGCCCUAAAGAAGACGAUUACAAACAUGGGCAGGGCCAAUUAACUGAUUUGAAGGGGAAAUUAUGUUUAGCUUACUACUCGGAAGAAUUAUCAAGAAUGGUUCUAUUCUUGCUCAAAGAUCCUAAAAGCCGAACAUGGGUCAAGGAGCAAACUAUCAAUUUAUCAGGGAUGGGGGAUUUGGUCAGAAUAGUGGGGUAUGUACCACUAGAUGAUAACAAUGGAGAAAUUCUUAUUCAAGGUGAGACGCCUCUCCUCUACAACAUUAAAGAGAAAAGGGGUAGAAAGCUGCAGAAAUCAAACAAAACUCAUUCUUGCUUGUCUUA